ACUCGACUCUCCCUCCGCUGUACCACCGGAACCCCAAUUUCGAAGGAGAGCAAGUCGUGUUCUCACGCACACGCAUCGUCAUGGCCGCUGCAAAUAGGCAGGGCAAGAUCCAAAAUCUACUCAACUACAAAAUGCGAGCCACCUUGACCGACGGAAGGCAGAUGACGGGACAGAUGCUGGCCUUCGAUAAGCAUAUGAACCUCGUUCUUGCCGAUACCGAAGAAUUUCGUCGGAUGAAGAAGAAGGCCGCAAAAGGCUCCACAGCACCUGGCAGUUCUACUGCCGCCGCAGUCGAGACCGAAGAGAAGCGGACUCUGGGACUGACCAUACUCCGCGGCACCCACAUCGUCUCGCUUUCCGUAGAGGGUCCCCCACCCCAUGAUCCUUCCGCAAGACUGGGCGGACCGGCGACUGGAGGAGCGUCCGCGACUCUACAGCCCGGUGCAGGCAUCAGCAAACCCGCGGGAAGGGGCUUACCGAUUGGUCUUACUGGACCUACUCCUGGAGUUGGAGGACCAGGACCAGGUUUCGGAGGACCCCCCGGAUUUGGACCAGGAGGGUAUGGAGGGCCUCCUGUAGGUUUCCCUGGCCGAGGAGGACCUCCCGGACCCCCCAGCGGCUUUCCCCCAGCAAGCUUCGGAGCACCUCCAGGCGGACCCCCCGGAUUCGGAGGAGCACCAGGCUUCCAGCCUCCCGGUGGGCGCGGUUACCCACCCCAGGGAUUUGGUGGCAGGUAAACGGAGAUCCAUGGUAAGUAAGUUAGUCGAGAAUCUUAAAGAAAAGACGGAAUGGUAUUAAAAUCAACGAGACAAUCUGGCAGGGGCCACCCGAAGGUAUGCUCACAAAAGGCAUUUGUUGGGCUUGGGAAGCCGCACACCUGGUAGAGUGGUAGAAGGGUUGGUUGGAACGAGACGAGGCGUUGGCCGGCUUGGUCACCUU